AUGAUCAAGACCUUAAAUCCUUAUCCCAACCCAGCAAAAACUGCUGAAAUCAUGUCCAGGUACAGGCCCAUAGCUCCAAAGCCUGAAACUUCCUCAAAUUCCAUGAGUGAGGGUUCCUCCUCCCUCUCCCAAAAGAUCAAGCAGUCUCCUUAUCUUAGGAACCUAUGGCCACAGUUGCAAGCCAGGCCCACCAGGACAAGAAAGAGAGGUAGGACUCCUAUAACACUUCCCUCCUCUUCCCUCAAGAGACAGAAAACACAUGUCUUAGGAUUUUGUCCCCCUUGUCAUGUAACAUCCCCAGCAAAGAACCUUUCUUUACAGAGUUUUGCUCCUCCUCGUACCCUUCCUCCUCAACUCCCUCUCCCUCCUAACCAUGGAAUUGGAGUGCUCAAUUGCAGCUUGCAAAACACUGCUGCUACCAAUCCAAGCUUGGUUACACUUCCACUUCUUCCAUGCUCCCCUUCUGCUAAUUCCAUCCUCACAGAAACCAAAUUGGACUUAAAAACCAACCCCUGUAGGGAAGAGGUCAUUGAUUUGAACACCAAAGUGGAUAUCCCUGAAGAGAGGGAUCUUUUGCAACAACUACAAAAACCAGUUUCCAGCAAUGUUAUAGCACCUCAACCAGUUCGCCCCAUUGGCUCAUGCAUAAGUCUUGUGUGCAUUAGUGAAGACUCAACCCUUCCAUAUGUGGCUCAAACCCCCAAAAAACCACAGGAGCUUGAGGAAAUGGUUGAGUCUGAGGCCUUGCCAGCUAUCAUAUCAGACUCAAACAACAGGGUUAGAAUGGUAAAUUCUGCAUACAAGGAAAUGGUGGGUCAGCCAGAAUGUUCUUGGCUUGAGUCCAUGGUAAACGGUGGUGAUGGACACCUUCAAUGUGGCUCAUCUAGCAAGAGGAUCAGUGGAGAGGUAACAUUGAAUCUUUGUGAUUCCAACAUACCAGCUUCAUCAAAUGGUUUCUCUUGCUGGGUGAGGAUAGAAUGGGAAAGUGAACAGAAGAAGAACUCGGUGAAUGCUUUCUGUGACGUUACAAAGUUGUCUUGUGAAUCGAGGGACUACCACUUCACAUGGAGGUUCCACACUCGUACCAGGGAAGCUUCUCAAUCCAGUUGCAACGCUUGA